AGACUACUGAUACACAGAAGUGGAUGCAUAAAUUUAUAAAGAGACACGCAGGCAUUAAAUUAACUGUAGUAAAUCACUAUUAGUCAAUAAAUACAUACAGUAAUUAGUGCCUUAUAGACUAUGAUGCUUCACUUAAAAUUAGUUUAUCUAGUGUAUGUGCUUUUGUCAUGCAGCCAAUUUCAGGGUGCAGAAAGUUACACAACAAUUGACACACCAUUGGGCUCUCUAAGAGGUCAGGAGUUCACCACUGCAGCUGGAAACACUGUUUAUUUCUUCAGAGGAAUUCCAUAUGCUGAACCUCCUGUUGGAUCUCUGCGUUUUCAGCCACCUGUACCUAUAUCACCAUGGACUGAAAGGAGGGAUGCCUUGUUAGCAUCAAGUAGUUGCACACAGCUAACUGGUAAAGGAACUAUAGAGGGAACUGAAGACUGCCUCUAUCUCAAUGUCUUCACUCCUGAGUUACCAUCAGAUAAUUAUAAUCCUAAACCUGUACUGGUCACUAUUCAUGGUGGCUGCUUCACAGCAGGAUCUGGCGGAACAAGGCCAUCGGAGUAUUUCAUUGAUAAUGGAAUUGUAUAUGUUGCAAUCAAUUACCGUCUUGGACCAUUAGGAUUCAUGAGUACUGGUGACUCACUCCUUCCUGGGAAUCUUGGAAUGAAGGAUCAAGUCCUUGCUCUUCAGUGGGUACAACAGAAUAUUGCUGCUUUUGGUGGAAAUCCUGAUGAUGUCACCAUUUCUGGUCAAAGUGCAGGAGGAGCCUCAGUUCAUUACCAUUUGUUAUCACCAUUGUCAAAAGGUCUUUUCCAUCGGGCAAUAGCAUCAAGUGGAGCAGCCCUUAAUCCAUGGGCAUUUGAUAAAAAUGCAACUGAUAGAACUUUUCGUUAUGUUUCAUAUUUGGGAUAUAAUGCACAAAGUACUUCAGAUCUCAUGGACUUUCUUAUGAACGUAGAAGCAACUGAGCUGGUGAAAGUCAAGUCUCCAGCACUCUCUGAUGAGGACCGUACAAGUUUCAUGAUGUGUGUGUGGGUGCCACAUGUGGAACCUGCAAAUGAAGGUGCAUUUCUGACAGAGGAACCAUGGACUAUAUUGUCUGAAGGGCGUUAUAACCAAGUACCUUAUCUAACAGGUAUCACAAGUUAUGAGUUACUCGGCAGAACACAAGAAAAUGGAGCGUUUGCAUCUGAAGAUGGUGUAAAGAAUCUGAAUGAUAAUUUUGAUGCAUAUGUUGCUCAUGAUCUUCGAAUCUCAGAUAAAGAAGAACAGUUGGAAGUUUCAGCACAGAUUCGACAGUUUUACUUUGGGGAUGAUGAGAUUACAAUGGAAGAUAAUGAUACAAUUGCAACUCUAGCAUCAGAUUUAAUGUUUGUUGAAGGAGUCGACACAGUUGUGAGGACCAUGAGUGUGAGUUCUGCAGAUCCUGUUUACUAUUAUCAAUUUUCUUUCAAUGGACCACUGAGUUCAUUUCCAGAUUUCCCAGGAGCUUGCCAUGGGGAUGAUUCACGGUACAUGUCAAAUUACGCAAGCCAAGAUCCAGAUUCUGCUUCUUACAAAAUUGGGCUUCAGAUGAAUGAAAUGUGGGCCAAUUUCAUCAAAUAUGGUGAUCCAACUCCCAACAUUGAUGAUGUGGUUACUGUUGACUGGAAUGUAUACAAGACAGAUGAUACAAAUUACUUAGAAUUUGCCUCUCCUCUUUAUGUCAGUACUGGGCUCAACAAGGAACGAAUGGAUUUCUGGCACAGUGUGAUGCCAUAAUCAUUUGAAAGUAUCGAUUAAGCAUUACAAGAAACACAAUGUAUUUAGAAGUAGACCUAAAUAAAGCAUUUAUUUAAAAAAAUUAAUAGAUUCCUAAUCUUAUAGUAUUAUGAGAUCAGUAUUUUCCGUAACUGUUCUCACCAUUUAUUGUGUUUGGUCUUUUCUCAUUUGACAUAAUUUGUUGGACAAGUAGCUAAAAAUGCUGGGUAACCAAUCAGAAAUGUCACACACUCACUUGUAUGUCCAAUUUAUCUGCCACCCCAUAAUUUAGCAGUUUACAUAUGGCAUGGCUUGCAACUCAGUGCUCCUUGCAAGGGAUUACUUUACAAAGCUAAAUCCCAAAAGUAUUCACUAUAAUUCUCAUUUGACCAUUAACAGAUUUUAAUGUUUUUCCUAUACAUUUAAUCUACGUGAUACAUAUGCAGAAUAACAGACACAAAAUUAGUACAGAUACUAGUAAAUAAAAUUGCUGCAUCUUA